AUGAGUGGUGUAUCACCUCCUGAGAGAGCAUCUGAAAAAUCACAUCAGAUGCAUGUGAUGGCCGAAAGUGCUGUGCCGAAUGAAGCCAAGGAAGAAAGCACCGUGAAUUCGAGAGUGGCCAGAUUAAGUAUUUCCGAGACUGAUGGAAACACUAGAAGUAUCCUAUCUGAUUUGAUGCAGAGGACCGCGAAAGAAGACGUGGCGGUGGAAACUAGCGAUGAAAUUGUCAAGCCCGAAUUUAGUAAGAGUAGGAAACCGAAAAGAAGAAGAUCCAGUGCCGUUUCAGUACCGGGGUCUGCGGUUUCAACGCGCACAGCUGUUAAAGACAACAGUAGCGGAAAGUUGGCGAAGAAUGGUAUUUUGGGAAUUCCUAAGAAAAAGAGAAGUUCUAAUAAGCCAGUUAGUGUUCAGGUCACGGAAAAGGCUUACGAGAAAGGAAUAUCUGUGCGGGACUUAAACGACUUGACCCUAUAUUUGAUGAAUGCAACAAAUAAUCCAUUGAGAUGGGCUCGAGUAGAAAAUCCGAAAGCUAUUAAGAAGCUGGUUUUUCUUUUCGUGCCCGGCUUGGAAACAGAGGAUUUUUAUUUGGAGAAAGGGAGCAAGUUCAGUGACGGCGCUGAUAAUUUGAAGAACGCCAUUUUAAAAGGAUUAGAGGAUUCGGAAAUGGUAAAAAAUUUGAAUUGCUUUCCGGUGCGAUCUCCAGGUUCUCGAACAACAAUUUACUCAGCAUAUAGUUCGUAUGUUAACAUAAGGUUGUCAAAAAAGGAGAAACAAGAACUGCGAGAAGAACUGGAAAGAAAAAAGAUCACAAUAAAUGAUCUUUUAUUAAGCUUAAAUGAGCUCUUUGAGUAUGAAUAUCCAAUUCAUCCUAAAUCUUUAGACCCAACAGCAAAAAAUGCAGAGUAUUUUAAGGCAGAAUCUGAAAUUGGAAAGACGAACUUCAGAGAUACUGUAAAGUUUGACCAUGAAGGGUCUCAUAUUUUUGCUCUGGAUUGUGAAAUGUGUCUCUCAGAAGAGGGAUACGUUCUGACAAGGGUGAGCAUAGUGGACUUUGAUUCAAAUGUGGUUUAUGAUAAAUUGGUGAAACCUGAUCAACCAAUUAUCGAUUAUUUGACUCAAUACAGUGGUAUCACAGAAGAAAAACUGAUUAACGUUUCAACAUCGCUCAAUGAUGUACAGAAUGAUAUUCUCAAGUUGAUUAGUGAAGAUGAUAUUCUCAUUGGGCACUCGCUAAACAGCGAUUUAAAUGUAUUGAAAAUAAGGCACCCGAAAAUUGUCGAUACAUCAGUAAUAUUUGAGCACAAGGCUGGUCCUCCAUUUAGGGCAGCGUUGCGCUACUUGGCAGCUACAUAUCUUGAUUACGACAUUCAAACAAACGACGGGACUGGUCAUGAUUCAGUAGAAGACGCUAGAGCAUGCAUGGACUUAGUGAAGCUCAAAAUAUUGCAUGGAUUAGCCUUUGGUGUCGGAACGAAUACAGAAAGCAUCUUUGACAGGCUUGCAAAGAAAGAAAUCAAAUCAAUCCAACUCAAUGACUAUGCACCCAAGAAAGCUUUCCCUUGGAUUGCUGAAGCGAACAACUCGAUACGAUGCACAAACGAUCCUGAAAUUUUGAUAGCUGUGGAGAAUAAGAUAAACAAUUAUGAUUUUCUCCUUGGAAGACUUAGGGGACUCGAGUAUUCUAGAGGCUAUGCCUUGCCACGAAUGUCCAAUACUGAGGUCAUACCUUCUCCAGACGAAGCUCUAAAAACUUUCACGACAUCUUUGCAACGAAUUUAUGAUAAAUCUCCCUCUGGAACUUUAAUUCUAGCUUUCUCCGGAUGUGGCAGCAUGAAAAAAUGGAAUGAACUUAUGACUCAGAUAAAUAAUGCUGAUAAAGCAGAGAGGAAGUUGGAACUGAAGCGACUAGAUGCAGAAAUAGAAGAUGCUGUAGCAAGAGCUCGAGAUGCUGUAGCUUUCACUCUUUUAAAACAACAGAUAAAGGAAAAAUAG